AUGGCUCCGACCUCCACCCCCAGCCAGGCCGAGCUUGACCGGCGAAAGAUCGUCGGCAUAAACAAGGAGACCGUCACCAACGUUGCAGCGACCGACUUCCCCGGCCACUUCCCUGGCGAAGACCAAGCCUGGGACCUAGACCAGUUCCGUGACAGCCUCGAGAUCAAGUUCCACAAGAACGAGCAGUUUGAUGCUUCCUUCUCUCUCAUCGGCGUCGAUGCAAGCAUCGCCAAUGCCUUUCGGCGCAUCCUGAUCGCCGAGAUCCCCACUCUCGCCAUCGAGCACGUCUUCAUCUCCAACAACACGUCUGUGAUCCAGGAUGAGGUCUUGUCACAUCGGCUAGGCCUUAUUCCCUUCAAGGGUGGCAAGGAGGGUCUGCUCAACUUUAUCAAGUGGUGGAAGGCGCCCGAGACUGGCAACCAGUUUGACAAUUCGUUUGACUACAACACGGUCAAGCUCGAGCUCAGCGUGUCUUGCACGAGGAACCCGGAUGCCGCCAAGGAUGAGACGGACCCUACCAAGCUCUACAACCAUGCGCAUGUCUAUGCCAAGGAUAUCGUCUUCGUACCAGAAGGCAGGCAGGUGCAGUACUUUUCCGGCGACGAUGCCAUCGCGCCUGUAAACCCAGACAUCCUCAUCGCCAAGCUCCGGCCUGGCCAAGAAAUCGAUCUCGAGAUGCACAUGCACAAGGGCAACGGUGCCGACCACGCCAAGUUUUCGCCUGUCUGCACCGCGUCAUACCGUCUGAUGCCGACCAUCACCAUCACAAAGCCCAUCCUGGGCACCGAUGCCGAAAAGUUCGCCAAGUGCUUCCCCGCUGGUGUCAUUGGGUUGGAGCAGGUCACGAAGAAGGAGGCGGCGCAAAAGGGCAGCGGCUACGAAGGCCACGCCGGCGAGAAGAAGGCAGUUGUGCGGGACCCGAUGAAGGACACUGUCAGCCGAGAGUGCCUGCGCCACGCGGAGUUCCAGGACAAGGUGAAGCUCGGCCGCAAGAGGGAUCACUUCAUCUUUUCCAUUGAGAGCACUGGCCAGUGGGACAGCGAUGAGCUAUUCCUCGAGGCUGUCAAGCAGCUCAAGGUCAAGUGCAAGAAGCUCGAGACCCAAGUCAUCAACAUGGCCAGAUAA